AGCGCUCCGGUUGCUCUCAUGGGAGUCUCGCCCUCGGCCCCGAACCCUAAGCGCUGCGGCCAUUUUCUUGCGUCAAUCUGCGCCGAUCGUGGUCUUUGCGUGAGGUCGGAUGAAGUGGCAGAUCUGGCGGGUGUCGAGGGUGGCGGACGCCUCCCACUGCUGGCCGCCGAUGGCGGCGAAUGCACCCGCGCGGUGGGUCCCCUGGGGGCACGUGCCGGUGCACGUCGGCGAGGAGAUGGAGUGGUUCGCGGUGCGGGUUGAGCUCCUCGGCCGUCCGGCCUUCAUCGCGCUCCUCCGCCGCUCCGCCCAGCAGUACGGCUACGGGCAGCGCGGCGUGCUGCGGAUCCCCUGCCCGGUACCGCUCUUCCGCCGCCUGCUCCGCCUCCUCUCCUCUUCCUCCUCCGCCGCGGUGUUUGCCACGGAUCCUGCCCUCGAGGAGCUCUUCCGCGCUCUCCCAGCGGUUGACGGUCAGUUCCUCGAUUAGUUGUGCCGGAAUCGGCCUGGAUAUCUCCGCCUCUUAAUUAAUUGUGUCGCCCUGUUUCUCUCCAUUUCCCUCCAUUUAUUUAGUCUGUGCCGGGGACGGCAGUCUUGACUGUUUGAUGCAGUGAGAAUAAGCUGAACUAGGUUAGAAUGUUUCCAAACACAUGUAAUUAAGUAUGAUCUAGUCUAGAAGAUAAAAAAACAUUUUUUUCAUCCAUAA